AUGCGCAACCUCAAGAGCGUGCGUCUUCAGGAGACGCAAGUUGAAGGCCAACUUCCUUUGACUGCUACAGCUUGGGACACUUCUUCUGACUCGAUUAUUUGCGCCUUUGGCCCGUCAGAGCAGAAUGCAGUCAUUGAGCUGCGCAGGAAGCGCCCUGAGGUGACUUCCGCGGAGCCAUUGAGCACGGAUGUAUUUGAGUGCCUCGCAUCCUGGGAUGCGCCAAGCCCCUUGCCAGACCUAAUGUGUGACCGUGUACUUUCUUUGCAUUACUUUGCCGAUAACCUUUCAGCCUGUCUGGUGCUGGAGGGCGGUGAUAUCAUCAUUGUGCGCGAAGAACCCCUCCCCGGCGAGGACAAAAUUGAAAUCUUGGGCUCUGUGGAUGUUGGAAUCACCGCUGCUUCAUGGUCCCCGGAUGAGGAGCUUCUGGCUAUCAUGACGAGAGCUCGGACGCUUCUGUACAUGACUCGGGAGUUCGAGAAUGUGGCCGAGAUCACCUUCACCGAGGCAGACUUGAAAGCUUCCCAGCAUGUGUCUGUUGGCUGGGGUAAGAAAGAGACCCAAUUCCAGGGCAAAAGAGCUAAAGCGAUGCGUGACCCCACCGUGCCAGAGCAUGUGGAUGAAGGAAAACUGAGCAGCAACGACGAUUUUAGUACCACUAUCACCUGGCGCGGCGACGGCGCUUAUGUUGCCGUGAACAGCGUCGAGGAAGGAGCUCGUCGCACCAUUCGAGUUUACUCACGAGAGGGCACUAUUGACAGCGUUAGCGAACCUGUGGAUGGACUCGAGAGUGCUCUUAGCUGGCGUCCAAAUGGGAGCCUCAUCGCUGGAAUUCAGCGGUUGGAUGACCGGAUCGAUGUUGUGUUCUUUGAAAGAAAUGGUCUUCGUCAUGGCCAAUUCACCCUCCGUCUGACAGAAGAGGAACGGCAAUCAUGGGCAUCGCAGAUCCAGCUGUCAUGGAACGUCGAUUCAACCGUGCUCGCUAUUCGGUUCAAGGACCGUAUUCAGCUCUGGACUAUGGGUAAUUACCACUAUUAUCUCAAACAGGAGGUCCCCAUAGUGGCCGGAUCUGAUGCUAAGCACCCAUUUUCCUUUGACUGGCACCAAGAGAAAUCUCUCCGCAUGGCUAUUGGAUCUAGAAGCUCCAUUCUGGAUAUUGAUUACGUUUUUGACAUCCAUCAUGGCUCCACUGUGAUUCCGGAAGAUGUUGGAGCCGCUGCAGUAAUUGAUGGGAAGAUCUUGAAGCUCACGCCCCUUCGAAUGGCCGGUGUCCCGCCUCCAAUGGCUCACAAUGACUUGCCUCUCGACUCCAACAUCAUCGAUGUUGCCUUCAGCAAGUCGGGCGCUCGUAUUGCUGUUCUCACGGAGAAGAGCUUCUCCGUUUUCCUGUGGUCCCUAAAGAGCCGUCCGGUCCCUAUGCCAAUUCUUGAAUCCAGCUAUCCUCUGUCUGAUGCCCCGGCUAUGCGGCCCAGGCAAAUUGCGUUUGUUGGCGAAACGGAAGUGUACGUGCUCAAGGAUAGUGGUCCCAAUACUGACCACAUUGAGCGGACCACUCUGGAGACCAGAGAAUCUCGAGUCGUUUAUCAGUCAGUAGAGCCAGAGCAAAUCUCCUUUAUCUUUGCCGGUAUCGGACACCAAUCUUUGUGGUUUGCACAUGCCUCUCAGCAUGGACGUCCUGUCAGUUACUCGAGCAUCGGUAUUAUUGAGGGAGAACAAGUCAACAUUGCUCCUUGGCUGGAAGGCCCUAUAGUUGACACAAAUUGGGCUCGUGCUGUAUCAAUCAGCGAGGAAGAGCGCGUAUUGAUCUCUAUGACGAGGACCGGUACCUUGUACGCCAACAAUCGAGUACUGGCGAAGAACUGCACGUCCUUCCUGGUUCCAGAAGAUACCCCAGAAACCGAUGAGCGCUGCAGAAGCAUCGAGCGUGGGUCGAAGCUGGUCUCGGUCAUUCCUUCUAUCUUUGCUGUUGUUCUGCAGGCACCCCGAGGAAACAUCGAAACCAUCUACCCUCGUGCCCUGAUCUUGGCUGGAAUUCGCACUUUCAUCGACCAGAAGAACUAUCGGGCCGCAUUCCUGGCAUGUCGUAGCCAGAUGGUGGAUAUGAAUAUUCUCCACGACUACGCCCCCAAGCAAUUUAUGGAGAGCGUUCAGCUCUUCGUUGAUCAGGUCAAGAAGAUUGAGUUUAUCGACGAUUUCCUCUCACGCUUGAAGGAGGAAGAUGUUUCACAGACUUUGUAUAAGGACACCUUAAGGAUAUCCAAGACUGAAUCCGCGGUUGCUGCUCAACCCGAUAGCCAAUCGUCAACAGGUCUGAUGAAGCAAUCCAGCAGAGUCAACAAAGUCAACUCCAUUUGUGAUGCAUUCCUUGAAGUGCUUGAGGAUCGUGUGGACACUAAUCUGCAGAACCUGGUGACUGCACAUGUGUGCAAAUCCCCGCCUGACCUGGAAGCCGGUCUACGCCUGGUUGCUCACCUCCGAGUGCAAAAUCCCGAGCAGGCAGAUGAUGCUGUUGAGCACAUGUGCUUUUUGACAGAUGCUCGCCAGCUCUACUCCCAUGCCUUGGGAUUGUAUGACCUCGAGCUGACUCUCUUGGUUGCUCAACAAGCGCAGAUGGAUCCUAGAGAGUACCUUCCAUUCCUUCGAAAGCUGCAGACGCUUCCUGAGAUUCGGCGCCAGUUUGAAAUUGACAAUCAUCUUUCUCGAUUCGCCAAGGCUCUGCAACACUUGUUUGCCAUCAAUGCUCACGAAGAGAUCCGCGCUUACGUUGUUCGCCAUGUCCUGUACAAAGAGGCUCUUGAACUCUACAAGUACAACCCAGAGGAACAGAGAGAGAUCACUCAACUGUAUGCCGAGUACCUUCAAGGGGACUCGAAACACAAGGAUGCCGCAAUCGCUUAUGAAUCACUCGGACGUUACGAUCAGGCUUACCAAUGCUACCAUGUAGCUCACAUGUGGCGCGAAUCGCUCUACUGCGCGAUGAUGGCCGAUCUGUCACCAGAGGCUCUCACUAAUCACAUCAACGAUGUAGCCACGAACCUGGAAGAUGAAGCACGCGACUACGUUGGAGCAGCAACUAUUUACGCCGAGCACCUCAAUGACGUUGUCACCGCUGCCCGGCUCCUGUGCCGCGGCUCUAAGUUCGCCGACGCCGCCCGCCUUUUGACGCUGAAUGGCAAGAAGGACCUUGUUAAGGAAAUAGUAGACACCGGGCUGGCCGAGGCCAUGGGCUCCAUGACCGAUCUGCUCGCCGACUGCAAGAACCAGCUCAAUGCCCAGGUUCCCCGAGUCAGCGAACUCCGCGUGCUUCGCGCUGCCGACCCUCUUGCUUUCUACGGAGGUGACCCAACCGGCGGCGAGGGUGGUGUCGAUAUCCCUGACAAUGUCUCACUUGCUCCCACUGAAGCUACUACCCUAGCCGGUCGUACAAUGUUCACCCGGUAUACGGGCAAAACAGGAGCAUCUCGGCAGACGUCUCGCACCCGACGACGUGAAGAGCGCAAGCGUGCCAAGGGAAGAAAGGGUACUGUGUACGAAGAAGAAUACCUGGUCAACAGUAUCCGACGACUCAUUGAGCGUGUCAACUCGGCUGUGGGGGAGGCCUCGGCUCUUGUGGAUGCACUGCUCCGUCGUGGUAUGCGGGAGCGUGCAGCAGCCGUUGAGAAGGCGUUGGAGGAUGUCUUGAAAAUGUGUGCUGAUUGCCGAGACGACGUGUUUGAGGUACCGCAGGUGGAGAACAAGAAUCAUGAGGAUGAGGAUGGAAACCCGAUCGAGCCUCCGCCCCCGCUCUCCGGUGGCAUUGUGACGGGCGGCACUCCCAAAGCAGUACCUGUCGUCAAGGAGAUGAGCAAAUCGUCUCUGCUUGUUUAA